UUUUCUAACCAGCACGCAUCUCGCGGUGAUCACCGGUGAUCGCUUCUGCGCAGAUUUUGCUAAUCUCAAACAAGUUUAGUGAUUUAUUAUGCAUUCUGUUACGUUAUAUUGUAAAUAAAUUCAUUAUUAUUAUUUUUAAUAUUCAGUUUUCCAAUAUACCCAACUGCUCCAACAAAAUGAAUUAAAUGAAUUAAUUAUGAAUGAAUUUAAGAUCUGAAUCUGUAUUACAUUAUUGUAUUAAAAUAAAAAUAAAGUGAAAAUAAAAGUAAUGAUACUUAUAUAUCCUUGAAUUAAUAUAGCCUAUAUAUAUAGGCUAUAAAAAAUCAAGGAUCUAUUUCUACUUAAUAUAACUCCUGCAAACUGCUUUUAUUGGUGUAACCACAGGUUAAUUUAGUGAAAUUACAGUUUUUUUAUAUACAAAAAAAAUAAAAAAAUAAAUAAAACGUAUAAUAAAUUAGGCCUAUUUUCACGCACUAACAAACAACCCUUAACCGUCCAGUAACUGAUUCGUUCGACUGAAUGACCGAGAAGCGAUCAUGUGUCAGAAGUGAAAGUGAAAGAAGGAUCUUCUGCAGUUUUGGGCGUUAAAAGCGCUGACGCACCGACUCUUUGUGUAAAGCGAGGAGAGUAAACGUUCAAAAGCGGUAUUUAGAAAGCGCUUUACUCCAGACUGAUUGUUAGAGCUAUAACUUUAGAUAUCAUACAGUGCAGGUGAAAGAUGUUAAACAUAUCGGCAAAGACACCGACCGGAGGAUUCUCUUUUGAGAACACACGCAGAAAUGCUGUUCUUGAAGCAAACUUGUCAGAGAAAGGUUACAGUGCGCCAAACGCCAGGAAGACUGGCACCACCAUCGCUGGCCUGAUGUUCAAAGAUGGAGUGAUUUUAGGUGCAGACACCAGAGCCACAGAUGACAUGGUCGUAGCUGAUAAAAACUGCAUGAAAAUCCAUUACAUAGCUCCCAAAAUCUAUUGCUGCGGUGCAGGUGUUGCGGCAGAUGCGGAGGUCACGACUCAGAUGAUGUCAUCAAACGUGGAACUGCAUUCACUCAGCACAGGAAGGCCUCCUCUUGUCGCCAUGGUGACCCGGCAGCUCAAACAGAUGCUGUUUAGGUAUCAGGGGCACAUUGGUUCUUCUCUAAUUGUGGGAGGUGUGGAUGUUAACGGCCCACAGCUCUAUAGCAUCUACCCUCAUGGUUCCUAUGAUAAGCUGCCUUUCCUUACCAUGGGGUCUGGAGCAGCUUCUGCCAUUUCUGUAUUUGAGGAUCGUUACAAGCCAAACAUGGAGCUGGAGGAAGCAAAGCAGCUGGUGAGAGAUGCCAUCACCGCUGGCAUCUUCUGUGAUCUGGGCUCCGGCAGCAACGUAGACCUGUGUGUGAUCACAGACAAAACUGUGGACUAUCUGAGAGGAUAUGACCAUCCUGUUCAGAAAGGAAUAAGGGAGGGUACGUACAGAUACAAGCCUGGCACUACUGCUGUGCUCACAAAAACAGUGACUCCUUUAACAGUGGAUGUUGUGGAUGAAUCUGUCCAAGUGAUGGACACAGAAUGAGACAUGAAGAACAUCCUUUGCUUCACUCAUUGGAAAAUAAUGAGGGAUGUGUGUAGUUUAAAAAUCGAGAUUAAGGAAAGAAAAGAGUAUUUUUUUCCUUUGUGGUUUGAAAAUGUUUUGUACCUUUCCCCUGUAUUCAGUCAUUUGCAUUUGAGCUGCUCAAAACUGUUUUGCAAACAUUGUAAAAUAUUGAAGAGACCUGACGGAUGCUGAAUGAGACAUUUCCUUACACCUGUCAUUAACCUCAGAUAAAAAAUAUUUGUGUAGUUUUACAGUUCAUUUAAUAAAAUGUAAGAUUUACAAAUGGAAAGAGUGUCAUUUUUGCAAUGUGACAUUUCUUUAAACUGAGCUAAAUAUUCAUUUGUUGGAUGCACAGGGGAAAUGAUAGGCUAGUUGAGUGGUUCACCUCUUACCUAAAACAAAGGGAACAGUGUGUAAAAAUUGAGGAUACAAAAUCAUUGUUUAUAAGGAAUAAAAUGGGCUUACCUCAAGGCUCAAUUUUAGGUCCAUUGCUUUUUAGUUUGUUUAUAAAUGAUUUGCCAUGUAGUUGCCCAGAUGUUGAAUGUCAGCUCUAUGCGGAUGAUACAGUAAUAUAUACAUCUGCUAAAUCAUCAGCUAAGGUUGCUGCACUUUUAAAUGAGCAAAUGGAAAAGAUAUCUAGAUGGCUCAAGGAAAAUAAUCUUACCUUAAAUGUCAAGAAAACUGUCUUUAUGUGUUUUUCUAAAACCGAAAAAAUAAAGAUUAAGAUAUUUAACGAAGAAAUAGAGGAGGUAAAUGAAGUUAGUUUUUU